AUGAAAUCAGUGGAAGAGCAAGCGGUUGUAAAUCGACAGCAACCGACGAUCGUGUCCGUCUGUUUGAACUGUAAAAAAGGCGCGUGCACGUGCUCUUUUCACGGGAAAGAGGAGAGAAGGUUCUUGUUCCCGUUCGAAGAGAAAGAAGAGGACUCGCAGGAAGCUCUGCGGUACUUUCUGAAACACAUCUAUCGCGGCGAAGGGGACGAGAUUAUUUUCUUGCACGUCCUUCCGACGAGUUAUCGAAGAGUAUACCACGAUACAAUGGUCGUGCAAUUGAAACCGGAGAACGAAUUUGAGUGGAGAGAGAAGUGCGCAGACUUUGUCGAGAGAGCCCUCGUUCCUAUUCUGAAAGAGAAGAACGCGAAGCACAACCGCUUGGAAAUGGUGAGUUACGACCCGAGCGAACGAUCUAUUGGUGAAGUUAUUGUUCGAAAAAGCGAAGAACACGACGUGUGUUGCGUUUUCAUGUUGGCGCAUCACAAGUCGAGAGUGCACGAAUUUUUUCUCGGCUCGUGCGCAAAUUACGUCUUACAUCGCACUUCAAAGCCGGUGAUGUUGUACAAGAAGGAAGAGAAAAAGAAAGAAACCGAAGACUUGGAGUGA